UCAAGUUGACUAGUGACUACUUAACUGUGUUAUACCAAUACCAUUGACUGAAUUUGAUUUAAAGGAAGAAAGGACACAAUGACCAUGACUUAUGACUCCACAGAAAAUGGCUCUAGCUGGGCUGACCGUAUGGAAAAAGAAGAGGUUACAUUCGAUGGAAACAAAAAAAUUGUUACACACCAUGAAUUGACUGAGGAUGGUAUGUUCAAGAUAACCAAAAUAUAUGAGAUCAAACGCAUACCUAAGUCUGUUGCUCUUCGUCGGGAAUGGGGCAAGUUUGGUGAUGCUUCAUCUGACGGAAAAGGAGUUAAUCCUAGCACGACACAGGUGGCUGAAGAUGUGGAUUUGACUCUAACGACUAACACUGAGACACUAGAACAAGAUGACGACCCACUGAAGAAGCUGGGGUCUCAACACAAAAUGGUGUCCUGUCGUUAUUGUAAAGGAGAUCACUGGAGCAGUAAGUGUCCUUACAAGGAUACUCUUGGUGCGACGACAAUGUUGGAGGAAGCAAAUAAUUCUCAAGCACCACCAGACAACUCUAAUGGGGCACAGUCCGGAGGAAGUGGUGUCGGCAACCUUCCAACUCGGUCUAGUGGGGGGAAAUAUGUACCGCCAAGUCUUCGUGGCUCUGAUGGUGCCGGUGGAAAGAAAGGAGAGCUGAUGUCACACUCUAGGAAUGAUGAUGAACAAGCAGCUGUACGUGUAACAAAUCUUUCUGAAGAUGCACGGGAAAGUGAUUUAAGGGAACUCUUUGGGCGUUUUGGUCCCAUUCAACGUGUAUUCCUGGCUAAGGAUCGGAAAACUCAACAGUCUAAAGGAUUUGCUUUCAUUCACUUCUCCAGUAAAGAAGAUGCACAAAGUGCUAUUACAAAUUUGAAUGGGUUUGGCUAUGAUCAUUUAAUUUUAAAAGUUGAAUGGGCUAAGCCUUCUAAUCCUCGUUAGAAGAAUUUUGUAUUAUCUUAUGAUAGUUACAAAUAAAAAAGUAUUCAAACCUAA